AUGUCCGGCCCAGGAUCCUUCCCCAAAGGGCAACUCCCCCCUGCCGGGCUAUCAAUCCACCUGUCCUCCAACAAUCCCUUCCGCAACCGUGCCGCUUCUCCUGCCGGUCGUGAUGCUGCACCCGCAUCCCGCGCUGCCUCACCAUUCGACGAUCCAACAACUAGACAGAGACCCGUGUCGCGAAAUCCUUUCCUCGACAACUCUGACCAACCGACAAAGCCUCCAGCCUUCUCGUCCAACAAACCCGAACAGAAGCCAAUAUCUGCUGAAGAUUUUUUCGAUUCAUUAUCUCUCGACAACAAAAUGCCCAACGACAAACUACCUCCGGCACUGAUGGCUGCCCACCGACGUCCUACCGAUCAGUCAUCCGCUCCUCGUCCUGGCCGACCUAGCAAUCAACAUCGACCCACCAAAUCUCAAGAAGAGGCUCUGAGAGCCAAGAAACCAACCACGGGCGUUCGCCCGGAGGCGUCGCAAUCACCACAGCGCAAAUCACAGCAACGCCGCCCUCGACGUAACUCGGACUCGUCCGUUCUGGACUUUAGUGCUCAACCCAUUACACCAGAGGAACUCAAGAUGAUUGAGCAGAAGCGGCUUCGAGACAGACAACGGGAACGGGCCCCCCGUGAAGCCCGUGACAAGGACAAAGACAAGGAGCGAAGUGCCAAAGGACGCAGCAAAUCUGGCCGGCCCAGCAAGCGAUUAGACAUUAUUGAUCAGCUGGACGCAACCAGCAUCUAUGGCACCGGAUUAUUCCAUCACGAUGGCCCUUUCGAUGCCCUGAACCCGCACCGCAAUCGCCAGAGCAGCCGUCGCGCGCCCAUACAGGCAUUUCCCAAGGAUUCUCUCAACAACUCGCUCGGCGGUGCUGGCCCUUUGAAUCGCAAUCCGGACCACGCCACCUUUAUGGGGACGGGCAUUGACGAAGCCUUCCGCGACUACGCCGGCAGCAGCAAGAGCAAGAAUGGAUACAACUAUCCCGCUAACUCGUCAGCGGAACCUACCAUUUUUGACCCCGUUUCCCGCGGCACCAUGGUUCACGGCGACGAGAGUUAUGGCCUGGGCACGUCUACUUUCCUUGAAGGAACACCGGCUGCGAGUGCGACGAUCGCUCGGCGGCAAGCAGAACAGCAGCAAGAAGUAACAGAAGGAGGUCUGCAGCGCAAGAAGUCGUUGGCGUCGAGAAUCCGGCAGAUCAACAAGGGCCAGCGGGAGUUUGCCCCUUCGGGUAGACUGACGAACCCUGACGGUGUGGCGAGGAAGCGAUCCCUGGACACGAUGCCGCUGGCAUCAAGCGCGGGCUCUGAGACGAACCCAUUCUUUUCCGAGUUCGGCAGAGGCGAGGAAAGCAUCUCUGUGAGACCGAGAGAGGGCACCAGGUCUCCGGUCAGUCCUCCAUCCGUGCCACGACGCAUGUCUGGAUCUGCCCUGGAGCGCCGGGUCACUGCGGAUUCGGCGACGUUUGGGGAGGACGGAGCUUCAGCCAAGGCCUCUGGCCUUUUGGGACGGAUGAAGAGCCUAAAGGGCGGACGACGACCUAAGAACUCGGACACCAGUGCCCAACCUGCUUCAGGUCCGGGAACGGGAAUAUGA